AAGAAAGGAAGAUGGGACUAGAGCCCACGCCUUGGAGAACCAGUUCUGUCCUCAACCCACGGCAUGGAGGUCUCCAGUGCUGUCACCCUCUUCUUGGUCACUUACUUCUGCUUCCUGGUGGCCAUUUCUCUUAAGAAGAAGCUGACACAACGGGGCCAACUGCCCCCUGGCCCCACUCCCCUGCCUUUGAUUGGGAAUUUCUUCCAGAUCAAGUCAUCGGAAACCUUGAAAUCUCUCCUCAAGCUACGGGACAAAUAUGGCCCUGUGUUCACCGUCUAUUUUGGAAGUCGUCCGAUUGUGGUCCUGUGCGGACACGACGCUGUGAAAGAGGCCCUGAUAGACAAGGCAGAGGAAUUCAGCGGGAGGAAAACCAACCCAACUCUGGACCAGACCUUCAAGGGAUAUGGUGUCGUAUUUUCUACUGGAGAGCGCUGGAGGCAACUGCGCCGGUUCUCCCUCACCGUCUUGAGGAAUUUCGGAAUGGGUAAAAAGUCCAUUGAGGAGCGAAUCCAAGAAGAGGCCCAGUUCGUGCUGGAGGAAUUUAAGAAAACCAAAGGGAAGCCCUUUGACCCCACGUUUUUCCUGAGCCGGGCCGUCUCCAACGUCAUCUGCUCCAUCGUCUUUGGAGAUCGCUUUGACUACGAAGACAAGGAAUUCCAGUCCCUUAUGGAAAUGAUAAACAACAGCUUUAAAAAGAUGAGCAGUGCCUGGUCCCAGUUCUACGACAUCUAUGCCAGUUUCCUCCAGUACUUUCCGGGACCCCACACCCAAGUCUAUGACAUUCUGGAAGAGAUGAGGCUCUUUGUUGCCCGGAGGGUGAAGCAGAACCAGAAGAACCUGGAUCCCAACUGCCCACAGGACUUCAUCGACUGCUUCCUCAUCCAGAUGGAAAAGGAAAAAGACAACCCGGACAGUGAAUUCCACAUGAAGAACCUGGAGCUCACCACCCUCAACCUGUUCUUUGCCGGGACAGAGACAGUCAGCUCCACCCUCAGAUACGGCUUCCUGCUGCUGAUGAAAUAUCCUGAGGUGCAAGCCAAGAUGCAUGAGGAAAUUGACCAAGUCAUCGGCCGUAGCCGAGCGCCAAAUAUCGAAGACCGGAGCCGAAUGCCAUACACCGAUGCUGUCAUCCAUGAAGUGCAGAGAUUCAGCGACCUGAUCCCCAUGAACGUUGCUCACAUGGUGACCCGUGACGUAGAAUUUAGAGGCUACCUCAUCCCACAGGGAACCGAAAUCUACCCGAUGCUCAGCACCGUCUUGCACGAUCCCACCAAGUUCAAAACCCCCAAUUCUUUCAACCCAGAGAACUUCCUGGAUGAGAACGGGCGCUUCCUGAAGAACGACGCCUUCGUGCCUUUCUCCUCAGGGAAGCGGAUCUGUCUGGGAGAAGCCUUGGCCCGCAUGGAGCUCUUCCUCUUCUUCACCACCAUCCUGCAGAGCUUCCGUCUGAAGCCCCUCGUGGCCCCCCAGGACAUCGACACCACUCCCCAGGAGAGCGGCUUUGCCAACAUCCCACCCUCUUAUCAGCUCUGCAUCGUCCCACGCUGAGUCGGGGGAGACCAGAGACUCUCUCUCUCUCUUAGAUGGGGUCCUCUUCCAUUUCCUGGAUUCUCAGAUCUCUAGUGGGAGACAGAAGUGGUUCUUCUUCUUGGCUCCUUGCAAGGGCGUUUCUGCUUUUAAAUGGCUUCCUCGUUCAUCUCCAGCGGUUACGCCUUCUGGGAAUAGGAGCAUCUGACACCCUGGGAAGGAAGGUCCCUCUUUUGAGCCAUGGAAGCCUUUUCCUAACCCUGAUUUUUGUAUGUGCUGUGUAUAAAAUAGAUAGCCACUGACUUUUUUUUUUUUUACCAACCAGCCACAAUCUCUGUACUUUGAUCUCUGCAUUUUGAUACCAUGUAUAAAUAUUUACCAUCUUAAACAUCUUUCUUUUAUGUUUGAUGAAGUGCACUCAUCUAGGAAAGCUCACAUUAAAGAAUAGAAAAGUUA